GCCGACUCUUCACCAAUUUCAAACCCCGCCGAUUAUUCCCCCACAGAUUUCUAGCUUCACUUCACACAACAGCCAAGUGCGUGCAGCUGCGCGGAGAAGCAUCCAAAACGAGCCUGCCAUGCGCAUCUCGCGCGUACAGCCAACGGUAUCCGGGACCGUUUGCGUGUAGUCUCAUCUGCGGAGACAGACUGCAGGCUCACGAAGACGAAGCGGAUUUGAAUUAAGCAGCGGAUAACAGACAGCAACUCUGCAUCCUUUGGCGAGGACAGGGAGGAGGGAGGGAGGAGGGGAGGCAACUAUUCAGUAUCUUAGUGUCCUGGGUGAGAGAGGGGGAGGAGGAGGAGCGGAGAAUGAGCUAUUCUUGUACCAGCAGAGGCAGCAGCCAGGACCCAUCGAGCACUAAGAAGCCUGCCGGUAAUAAUCCGGCCAGAGACACCGGAGGCGCAGACAGCUCCAGUAACGGCAGUCCGACGCAAACGGCGGCGAUGAAGGUGAAGAAGGGCUGCAACUCGGCCGACGUGGGAGUCCCGGUGACCACGGAGGAGGACCUGCUCGCGAGCGCGGUGGUCACUCCGGAGGAUGUGCUUGGCUUGCAGAAGAUCACAGAGAAUUAUCUGUGCAGCCCCGAUGAGAACAUUUACAACAUUGACUUCACCAGGUUCAAGAUCAGAGACAUGGAGACGGGGAUAGUGUUGUUUGAAAUCACCAAACCUCCAUCCACAGAUAAAGCAGGCGAGAGGAGAGAUAUAGACCCAAACGCUGGCCGUUUUGUCCGCUAUCAAUUCACCCCCGCUUUUCUCCGACUGCGGCAAGUUGGAGCCACGGUGGAGUUCGCAGUUGGAGACAUGCCGAUUGACAACUUCAGGAUGAUCGAGAGACAUUAUUUCAGGGAGAAGUUGCUCAAGAGUUUCGACUUUGAGUUUGGAUUCUGCAUGCCGAGCAGCAAGAACACCUGUGAGCACAUCUACGAAUUCCCCCCUCUGUCAGAGGACAGCAUCAGAGAGAUGAUCCUACACCCAUACGAGACACAGUCUGACAGUUUCUACUUUGUGGACAAUAAACUGGUGAUGCACAACAAGGCAGACUACUCGUACAACGGAGGGACGUAAAGAGAACACGCUGUGACGAGGGACAGGUGGAUAUAUGGACUGACAGGAUGGGGGACACAGUGGGGGUUAACUGCCUGAAAAUGGUCUCUCUCUCUCUCUCUCUCUCUCUCUCUCUCUCUCUCUCUCUCUCUCUCUCUCGCUUUCUUUUCUUCCUGCUGAGGGAGUACGGACCAGAUAUCGCCAUGGCAGAUGGGCACACAUAUAUAUAUAUAUAUAUAUAUAUAUAUAUAUAUAUAUAUGAUUCAAAGUUCUAUGUGCAUCUGUAACAAAUUGAUUUUGAAACAUGAUAAACCAGCAAGUGAACAACUUUUUAGGCAAAAUUGUGGUUUUUGCUCUCUAGCCAUGUCAUGUAGUGUUAAAAAAAUGAUCUUCAAUUAAUGAUAGAAGUUAUUUUUCUCAUCCAUGUAUGUACAUGUUAAGAUUUAAGAAAAAAAAACUAAUCUUGCUUCUUAAAAAGCGUGUUUUUAGGACUGAAAUGACAGUUUUAAGUGAUUUCCAGAUUCAGUGAGCGUGUGUGUGUUUUUGUACUUUUUAUGACUGUGACUUUUUGUAAGUAUGCCAGUUAGAAGCAUGUCUGCCUUCGGUCUGGUAGAAAUAUUUUAAUUUAAAAGUCAAUAAUGUGGUCAUCUGGUUAAAUAGAUUUAGAUAUGUUUGUGCAUUCUUUACACAGUAUAGAGCUGCUUUCUCAUAUGCACUCCUGAAAAGUUCUAGAGAGUCUUAGGAGGACUGUCCAUGAAAUCCGAAUGAGCUGCAUGUUCACACAUACGCCUCAUAGCAGGAGACAGGCAAGACAUGAGGUAAAAAGAACAACACGGAAGUGGUGGACGAAGCAACAGAGGCCGCUAUACUGUACCAUACUAUAAGGGGAAUAUUAUUGCCUUUAUAUCAAUGCUAUGUGUAGUUUGACAGAAUCACAAUAUCAUCUAAUUUUUUUUCCCUGAUUCAUUUCCUCUUAUUCCUCGCUCUUUCUCCAGUCAUGUGACCUGUAUUAACCAUGGAGCGUCUACGAUUGCUGAACAUAUCUACAUGGCAGCCGUUUUCCUUUGUUGUCAUUCUCAGGGUAUGAAGUUCAAAUGCUGUUAUUAUGUCAUACUGGUGUGUUCAAGGAAACUUAAAGAGGUAUAUUUAUAACUUAACAAAGGAGUAGUUAAAUGAUAAAAUUAGCUGUUGAUGAUAACCUUGCUAAUGGGGAUUAUAAUAUGUUGUAUAGCUCAGGUUUCCUCUGUAUUUUGGAUCGACAUUGUAUUUCAGUUUAUGAUCAAUCGAGAAGCAAUGACAGGAUAUCAAUUUGUCACAUUCCCGACAUGUAUUUGACUUAAAACCUCAACACAAUAAAACAUCACAAGGCUUAAGCUUCCACCCUGGAUGUGAAGUCAGAGGAAAAUGGCUGCCGUGUGAAUAUGCAGAAUUGUCUCAGCUCAAAGCACAAAAAAAAACAUUCAGUACCAACAAUCAGGAAGCUUGUAAAGUGAUCAUAAACAUACUCUAUCAUCUGUGAACUCAUCAGGCCUCAUGUGACUUUUUAGGUGAUAAAGAAGUUGUCAGAAAGUGGUGCUUUGGGUGUCCAAGAUUAAGUUUAGCUGUUUUGGAACUCUUUAUAAGGGAUUUUUUAAAUGUUUCUUAAGUUUCAUUCAGCAUUGUAAAAAAAAAAAAAAAGAAGACAGGGAAAUGUAGCAGAAAAACAAAACUCCCUGAAAUCUCAUGUUUUUUCUUCUGUGUAUAAUGUUUCUGUUUCUGUGACGGUCCUUGUUGUGUCCCUCAUGUAUUCUUCUCAUUUUAUGUGUUGUCUCUCUGUUACCUGAUUUCUGACUCUUGUACAUUUCUAUGCCGUUGUUUUCACUGGGACACAUUCCAGUGAAUUGGUACAUGAGUGUGUUGAUCUCAUUUUUCAUUUUACAAAUGAUCAGCAACUGAACUGUCUUCAGAUGUCUCUAAACUUUAACAUGCACACUUGGCUUUCUUCUGUGUGCAUUGAAACACAACCUGACUUAAAUAGUAUCAUGUUUUUUCCAGCAUAAUUACAUAAGACAAUUGAUUUGAUGCUAUUACAAGUCAGGUUAAUUUGUAUGAACUCAAAAUCAAUCUGCAACAUCAGUUGUCUUAAAACAAAGGCUGAACAUUAUUUGUUAAUUCCAGUUGAGUCAGACCUGUGAAUAAGUGCAGCCAGGGGAAAGGACAUUUCUUGAAUGCACCUGUUGAGUGUUUAAAUCAUUGACUAUAUAUAAAGAUGGACAAUAUGUCUGCACCUCCUCAUGUUGAACAAAAGUGAAGCCAAAAUACCUUGACUCAGGCACUGACAAAUAACUGGUGAUGUCAUGUGAAGCCAGAGUCUGCUGGUGGACCCUUGGUAUUUACUUAUCGCUCUUUCACUAACCCAAACACACAUUUAACUUACCGGCAACACAACAAAGAUCCCUGAGGUCCGUACAGUCCUCAGCAGAACAAGUCCUUGAAUCAGUUUGAAGCAGACCCUCAAAGCUACUGUAAGGUAAAGGCUAUUUUGUUAGUCCAGUUGUCUGUCUUUUUAUACAGUCUAUGGUUCCCAUAGCUCAAGGAUUGAAAUUAAUUCAGACGACUCAAAGUUGAGACAGGGCCAGGAAGAGACUCAGAUUGACUUGAAUGUUAUAUCAAAGAGUAGGACAGAUUUAUUUAAGACUGGUUGUGUCCUGGUACAAAUAAUUGAACUGAUGUGAGGUAUUUCAAUGUUGGUGUGACUGGUAAAUAAAAGAUGUAUAGGACUUUUUGAAAUAAAGUAAGUUCUUAGUUUUUAUAUUGCGCAAAGAGAGUAUACAAUGUUCACACGUUUAUUUUCAGCAUAAGAGUCUGGCACAGCAAACAUAAAAUGUUGAAAACAAACACAUCAUUCAGCAAGAACUUAAUGUCUGUCUUUUCAGUUUAUUACAUUCACCUGUAAUAAACACAAAGCACAAUGGAAACCGACCUAAGUUGCAAUCGUUCACUGUUGGCAGCCUCUUAUCAGUUAUCCUUCAACCAACCUUUUAAUCUGUUCUUAAUGAACAAAAUCUGAGGAACACCUUCCUGCCAUUGAUUGGUGUUUUCAUUUCCUCAUUGCUAAAAGGACGUCAUUUGCUGUCACCUGCACUUUAUGUUCUGUACAUGCUCCUGUAUCGACUGGAGCCGAUCUGUUAAAGGAAUGUUUUGACUUUUUACAAAGUACGCUUGCUGGUUUGCUGAGAUAAGAAGUUCGAUAAGAAGUUAAGGAGUUAAGCUGGCACUAGUUGAUGAUUAGCUUCAGCAUAAA